ACAUAUUUCUCUUCACUCUUCCGAUCGCCAGUCUCCUCCGAGCACUUCCGAUCUGCUACCGACACGUUGUUGUCUCCAGGGUUUGAACCAUGAAGCUUGAUACGAGCGGUUUUGAAUCAACCGUACCGUUUUUUGGUACCAGUAGUGAUUUGCUUGGUGGGUUGUCAGCUGCUCCUUCAUUUGACAUCCCUGCUACUACUGAUUUUGAUGGGUUUCAGAAGGAUGCUAUUCAGAUGGUGAAACCUGCUAAGGGUACCACCACUCUAGCUUUCAUUUUUAAAGAGGGUGUCAUAGUUGCUGCUGAUUCUCGUGCAUCCAUGGGUGGCUACAUCUCAUCACAGUCUGUUAAGAAGAUUAUUGAGAUCAAUCCUUACAUGCUUGGAACAAUGGCUGGUGGAGCUGCUGACUGCCAGUUUUGGCAUAGAAAUUUGGGCAUUAAGUGCCGGCUGCAUGAAUUGGCAAAUAAGCGUAGAAUUUCAGUAACAGGGGCAUCAAAGCUUUUGGCCAACAUUCUCUAUUCUUACCGUGGAAUGGGACUGUCUGUGGGAACAAUGAUUGCUGGAUGGGAUGAAACGGGUCCUGGGUUAUACUAUGUUGACAGUGAAGGGGGAAGGCUAAAGGGAACACGUUUCUCUGUUGGAUCUGGUUCACCUUAUGCCUAUGGUGUACUAGAUAGUGGGUAUAAGCAUGAUAUGUCUGUAGAAGAAGCUGCAGAGUUGGCCAGAAGAGCUAUUUAUCAUGCAACAUUCCGAGAUGGAGCCAGUGGCGGAGUUGCCAGCGUUUAUCAUGUGGGACCAAAUGGAUGGAAGAAGUUAUCUGGGGAUGAUGUUGGGGAGCUGCACUACAAAUACUACCCUGCUAUGCCGAGUACAGAACAAGAGAUGGUGGAAGCAUAAUUACUGGCCUAGAUUGUCGGUCAUUUCCUAUUUGUACUCUUGAUAUUUGUGAUGAAUUUACUUAGAACCUGCUUGAACGAAUCAGUUAGAACCUGUUCUUUACAUCGUGGAUAGAGUGAUUCCACUCUGUUCUUAAAGUGGGAACACCACUGGGAGGUAAGAUGUUCAACCCCCAGCUUCCCCUUCCCCCACCCCCUUAAAUAUAUAAUAUAGUAGUAGACAUUUGCUUUGUUAAAGAAAAAAAAAAAAAACAG